UGGAAGAGGAGUGGGGAUCGAUUGUUUAAAAUUUAAUUUCAUUCAUUCGAAUCUAUAACCAAUAUCGAGCUUUUGUCGGUGUGGACGUGGGUUCAAUGUCAGUGAUAUUUUCCAAGGUUCGGGACGACGAAUGCCGGUGAAUUCGGAUACGCGACCGAUUCGUACCUCCGGGGACCGACAAGUAACGAGCGAACGACCUAGGUUAGUUCAAGGCCAUCGCGUAUUAUAAUUAUCGUUUUUUCAAAUCGUUCGAGGCUCGUAUAUUUUUCUAACCUGACCACGUAUGUUGGGGAGCAUGUAUAUUGACGUAUUUUCAAUGGAAACGGGCAAUAUCGUGGAAAAAAAGAAGAUCGGCGGUCGAACGGUCACGAUCGAGCGGUCACGAUGUAAUGAGGAAAGAGAGAGAGAGAGAGACGGAAUGGCGAGUAGAAUGCGCAUUGAAAGUGUCAAAUAUCGAUAUCCGUGCGAAUGCGCACUGACCGAGUAUCUCUCUCGUUGCAAUGUGCGCGCGCACAAAAUACCCCCUCGUCGUACCUUAGUACCAGUCCACACCCCCGACGAAAACGAUGGAAUUAUCGAUCGCGUUGCUAUUCGAGCCAACAACUUUUCGCUAGGCUGACGGCUGGCCGUGGGGGACGCACGGUCUCUUUUCUUUUGCCGAGGAAAGGAAAACACCGCGUUCGUCGCAAAAUGAGUCUGGGACCGUCGAAACGUUGUGCUCUGCUACGUUGUGUCGCUGAACUGUGCCUGUGAUCUCUCUCUGCGGUACGACAAAUUUCGCGAAUUAACCUCCGCCGAUUCUCUGCCACACGACAGGCUCGACUCAUGAUGCAAUAUCCAAACAUCGAUAUACAAGAGGGGAGAAGGAUUCGUAGCGUGCGAAGAAGACUUUUUCAAGACGACGAUGACGAUAAUGAAACGGAAUCGGGGCGAAAUUCCCGUAUCGAGGACAAUGUUGCCAAUUGUUUUUUCGAAGAGGCUCGAAAAUACCGAGAGAACGCUAAGGAGAGGUGGAACUUCGACUUCGAGAAGGAGGAACCUUUACCCGGUCGUUACGUAUGGGUGAAGCUUGAUCAACACGGAAAUGAAAUUCGUAAUCCGUUGGAGGCGAACAGCCGAGUAGAAAAUAUACAAACGAUGCAGGAAGAAGACACGCAAGAUGAUGACGUUACGAUGCAAGAUCAUGCAGAGGAUAAGGAUGACGAUAAAAUGACUGAUAGUACGUGAGCGGAGAAAGAGGGAAAGAGAAAGAGAGAGAAAACAAUAACAAAAUAAAACGUAGUAACAAAAUAAAAUUUGCUCAUCAUAAAUUUUGGUGAAAAGGAAAGUAGUUCCUUUUUUCAAACUUCAACAAUUUAUAAGUAAAAGUUGAAAAAUCGAUUGAAAUUGAAGUCAGAAGAAGAUCAAAUUGAAAAUUGUGAAGAUGUUGAUUACAGAAAAAGGUAUUAAUUUGACUUCUAGUCAGAAUAGACGCUCUUUGGCCUAAAGAGUAUCUAGAGUAAACCAAAGUUUUUUUUUUUUUUUAUUUAAAUUACAAAAAAUUUUGACUCGUAAUGACAACUCGAAAAUCGGAUGUCGAUUGUCGUGAUAUUUGUUAUUGUAUUAUUUAUCUUAAUUUUAUAACAUUUUACAUAAUUAUUUAAUAUUUAUUAUUAUACCUGCGUGCAAUACACGUGAUUAGUGAACGAAUGAUAUUAUAAUGUGAAUAUAAAUUAUACGUAUAUUAAAGUGACUUUAUACUUUUUAUAGAUAGACAAAAUAAUAUAUUUCUUUACCUUAUAA